GCCGAAUUCGAUUACGUUCAAUUAUCACAACGAGGUAUAUGACUCGCCAGCGAGGCACGCUGUCGCACAGUUCGUAUUGUACGCUCGCCACGGUUAAACGCUGAAAAUGUCUUUAAGCACGCCGAUAAACGUACUUUGAACAUAAACUGUAUUAAAAAAAAAUAAAUAAAAAGAAUUACGAAUAGAAAAAUCUAAGUAAUAGCUUAAUUAGUCAAUUACUUAGUUGAUUGUUAUAUAACAGUUAGCAUAUAGAAAGAAAGAAGAAACGCUAAAGCAAGUGCAGAAUAAUUUCGAAGUGAUUGUGAAUUAAAAAAAAAUAAAAUUAUUUAAAAGUGAAAUUUUUUUUGAAAAAUAAAGAAUAAAACAAAAAAUGUCCAGCGCCCAAGUCUCGCAACCGCCGACGUUGCAGGCGCAACAUCAACAACAACAGCAGCAGCAACAACAGCAAAUCUCACACUUCCUCAAUCACAUUGCCGCCGCCCAACAGCAGCAACAACAACAACAACAGCAACAAAUCGCCUCGCCACAACGCAGUGAUUACCAAAAUGACAACAACACCAGCUCCACGCUAUCACCACGUUCGCCCGCACAUUCCAGUCCCACACACUCAUCAUCACAUUCGCCACGCUCCGCUACAAAUUCGCCACCUAACGGUUACGCCGCCACCAACAGCAGCCCACAACCGGAAAGCGCCGCUCAUGCCGUCUUACACCUGCCGCCCAACAGCAGCAACACUGGCUUGCCACUAAUUGUUGCACCAAUGCCCGCGUUGCCACACUUGCCGCCCAUGACAGCCACAACGGCGGCGAACGGAUUGCGCGAUCAACGCAUCUUCCCCGCUUUGGUCACGGCACAAGCCGCACCGCCAGCGCCACAACCCGCGCUUGCAACACCACGUCUCUACGAUGCAUUCGCGCCCGGUGCGUUGCCCGUCGGUCAUGCGGCUUUGGUGAACGGCUGUUAUCCGCCCAUGCCGCGUUUGCCUUUGAGCAAUCUGAUGUUGGCGCAACAAAAUGCUUCCGCUUCGCCACCCGUUACAACGGCGACCACAACACAGAGUCAGCCGAAGAAAUCAUUCUGCAUUGAUGCACUUCUGGCGAAGACGCAGAGCAGUGAUGAGGCGGUGGAGAGUAGCACUGCUGUGAAACCGCUGACGGAGGAUCGUUUGGCGGCCUUUCAUUAUGCGCGCGAUAAUGCGGAGCUGAAUCAAGCUUUUGCCGCCGGCAUAAGCGAACAGGAGGCGCUGCAGCGCAUACGUGAUUCGCGCGAAUAUGGCACGCCCAGUCCCGAUGGCAUGUCGAGAUCUGAAUCUCCCACAUCUUCACACCGCUCUAGUCCGCCCAUCAGUCCUGGCUGCGAAGAUCAACAUCAUCAUAUAGGCAUGCCAAUGGAUUUCCAUGAUGAAUUCAAGAAACCGAUACCACCACAUAGUCCAAUUAGACCGCAAGACUUUCCACUUUAUGCCGGCGGACAUCCGUACCAAUUGUUGGCACAAGGUGGUUCGGCGUUUCAUCGUCCACUGGAUCCAACAGGCAAACCGAUACCGCUAUCCAUGGGUCACGCAUUCAUGCCUUCACACCUUCAAUUCGAAUUUCUGGCUCGUGCCGGCAUGCUGCACCAUCGCAUACCCGAACUGGCCGCCUAUCCGCAUCACGCCAUACUGGGGAAGACGCGACGCCCGCGCACCGCAUUCACAUCACAACAGCUGCUCGAACUAGAAAAGCAAUUCAAGCAAAACAAAUAUUUAUCCCGCCCGAAGCGUUUCGAAGUGGCCAGCGGAUUGAUGCUCUCCGAGACGCAGGUGAAGAUCUGGUUCCAAAAUAGACGUAUGAAGUGGAAGCGCUCCAAGAAGGCACAACAAGAGGCGAAGGAACGUGCCAAACAACAGCAACAACAACAACAGAGUGCAAACAACAGCAGUUAGUUGCGAAACGUUGCGACAGUUCCACCCAAAGGGGGGAUACACAAGGACUCGACGCUUCAUUAUGCCAAAUAUCCAGCUAACGGUUCAUACGACAACGGCACUGCCAACAGUACUCGCCACCCCUCGAGCAUGAACUCCGUCAUCACUCGGGAUGCUCGUAAUUAUAAUUCUAGUCAAACUCAGGCGGCGUCGUCGUCGGCCAAUGAACUUGGUGCAAUGUAGCCAAGCAAUCGGCUAAUUCAGCAGGUGUUGUUGUUGUGAGGAUAACGGAUACUUGUUUGUCGAGUAAGCUGCCAUUACUGCUGCCGCUGUUGUUGUUGUUGGCAUCCGUCAUCAAUUGCAUUUCUGUUGGACGUGCAGCGACGCUUGGCAUUGCCCUUGCAUUUGUUUGCUUUGUAAUUAGUCCGAUUGCGCCGAGAUGCGUUCCUGAGUGAAAUACACGAGCGUGUGUAUGUGUGUAUGUGAGCGAAGAGCAGUAAGGACGCCUGUGUGAUUAUGCUCACAAUUCAACAUUUUUGGUAUAAAGCGGAGCAGGAGUAUCUCAAAGUCGAAGCGUUUGUGUGUGUGUGUGCUGGUUUUUGUUUUGGACGGAAGCACGAAGUGGACACUUCUCUGACUUUCGUUAACAACAAAUUGCAUUGUGUGAUACGACAAAUUAUAGUAUUUAUUGUAGGAUGUGAACGAAGUGAAAUAGAAUUGUAAAUAGCUAAGUGUAUAU